GCUAUAGCAGCGCGCUCGGUGCACUUCACGGACUUUUGGGAGUGUGGAGAGCAGCGCGCGACGGAGUGAGGAUACACACACACACACACACACGCACGCACGCACGCACACACACAGGCGCGCGCGCUCUGCCACAGCUCAGGAUAUUACCGACCGCGGAGCGACUACGAGUCCGCGAGACCCCGCGAGGGACUCGACUCGUGUUGAGACGGAGCGCGAGCUUUCAGACCGUUUCCCUUUGAGCGGAGCCGGGAGACGAAACAGCGCCGAACUCGCCGAGGAGCCCGUCCGAGCUGCGCGGUCUUCUCCUUCACUCGGGACACGGAGACUCAACUCGGGAGCAGAGCCAGGAUGAGGCUGGUGUUUGGCUGGUUUGGUGUGCUGGUGGUCUUGGUGCUGGCUGUGGUGGGACAGAAGUUGCCCACUCGUGAUGAAGGCCUGUUUCAGAUGCAGAUCCGGGACAAGGCUCUGUUCCACGACUCCUCUGUCAUUCCUGAUGGGGCGGAGAUCAGCGGAUACCUGUUCAGGGACACGCCCAAGAGGUACUAUUUUGUGGUAGAGGAGGACAACACGCCGCUGUCUGUGACGGUGACGCCAUGUGACGCGCCGCUGGAGUGGAGGCUGACGCUGCAGGAGCUGCCAGAGGACGCCAGCGGAGAGGGAUCAGGUGAGCCAGAGCCUCUGGAGCAGCAGAAGCAGCAGGUGACGGCCAGUGAAGGCACUGAGCUCUUCACCUACAAAGGCAACGAUGUGGAAUCCUUUGUGUCCACCAGCUCGCCGUCCGGCCUCUACCAGCUAGAGAUCCUCUCCACUGAGAAGGACAGCAACUUCAAAAUCUAUGCUACAACCACUCCAGAAUCUGACCAACCCUACCCUGAGCUUCCCUAUGACCCUAGAGUGGAUGUGACUGCCCUGGGUCGCACUACCGUCACCUUGGCCUGGAAGCCCACACCCACAGGCUCAUUGAUGGGUCAGCCUGUGCAGUACUGCGUGGUCAUCAACAAGGAGCACAACUUUAAGAGCUUGUGCGCCGCUGAGGCCAAAAUGGGAAUGGACGACGUCUUCAUGGCUGCGCCAAAGCCAGGCCGGGACUUCAGCCCAUUCGACUUCGCCCACUUCGGCUUUGUCCCAUCUGAGAAUGAUUUCCUCAAGGACCGCUCUCUGGCCACUAACCGGGCACUGGGCGGCAAGCUGUCUCGCUCCUACAUCCCCAAACCUCGAAUCUCAGACAUUCGAAAGAUUUGCAUCGGCAACAAGAACAUCUUCACCAUCUCAGACCUGAAGCCAGAUACGCAAUACUACUUUGACGUGUUCGCCGUCAACACAGCCACCAACACCAGCACGGCCUAUGUGGGCACCUUCGCCCGCACCAAACAGGAGGCGGAGCAGAAGACGGUGGAGCUAAAGGAUGGCAAAGUGGCGGAUAUUUUCAUCAAGAGGAAGGGCAGCAAGUUCUUGCGCUUUGCCCCGGUUUCUUCACACCAGCGCGUGACCCUCUACGUCCACGCCUGCCUGGAUGCUGUGCAGCUGCAGGUGCGUCGCGAUGGCAAGCUCCUCCUCUCGCAAAAUGUUGAGGGUGUUCGGCAAUUCCAGCUGCGUGGCAAACCCAAGGCCAAAUACCUGAUCCGUCUCCGGGGAUCCCGUAAAGGUGCCUCUACUCUAAAGGUUCUGGCAAGCACGCGCCAAAGCGCCAAGCAGCCCUUCCCUUCCUUGCCCGAAGACACACGCAUUAAAGCCUUCGACAAGCUUCGCACAUGCACCUCCGUCACGGUGGCAUGGCUGGGCACGCAGGAGAGGAACAAGUACUGUGUGUACCGGCGGCAAGUUGAUGAGGCCUACGGAGAAGAGCAGCGGCGCCGGGAGCAGAACCAGUGUGCCGGGCCCCAGAGCCGUCGCAAGUCCGAGAAGGUGCUCUGCAAGUAUUUCCACAGCGCCAACCCACAGAAGGCUGUCACCACGGAGACCGUCGGCGGGCUUGAGCCUGGCAAGAGCUACUUGCUGGAUGUUUAUGCGGUGGGCCACAGCGGCCACUCGGUCAAGUACCAGAGCAAACUGGUGAAAACAAGGAAGUACUGCUAAAAUAAAAGAAAUAAUUAAGCAAAAAUGCAAAAAAACAUAAAACAGACUCUGCACAGAAGUAAAUAUAUUAUAUAUAUAAUGAGAGAAAAAAGAAGUUUAUUUAACUGGAAGUGAUAUUCUACUAAGUUUGUUUUUUUGCAGACUGACUACUUGGUGCACACCAUCAGCUCUGUGUGGCAGAGACUGAACUGCUUCCUAGAGAGAGAUAGCAUCCUGUAUAUUUCUCGUAACAAGUCCCGCUAAUGAGUCGAGACCGCUGCCUCGUGAUGGAGAGGCGCUGGGAGCUGUCGUCUGGGUUAUUUCUGUUUCGGCCAUGUCGCGAGAACUGCGUUAAUUCAUCUGUCCCUGCAGCAUUCCCUCCAUUGUACCCUUUUACAGAGACAUCUACUGCGUCCCCUGUUUGCUCUCUCACUUGAGUAUUCAUGACACGUUUAGGAAAAGUUCUUAAAUUAUUUUAUACCUCUUAAUGUCUUCGUUUCUUUAUUUGAACUGUUAUAUUUUUUGUGCGUUAUUGGCUAUAAUUAUUUCCGAUAUAAAAAAAAAAUGUUGUAAAAUUCUCUGAUGAAGUCGGGCAUUUGUUGAGGUGUCAUUAACCCCUGCCCCCCAAACAACACCCCCCACCCCCCCACCCCCCCCGUCCUUUUUGUCUGUGUAUUAUCUCAUUCUGUGAGUAAAUUGGUCUGGGAUUCUGUAAAUGUGCUCUUUCUCUGUGUCUGCUCUGCCUGUCACAUGUACAGAGUGCUUCUGCCAAUAUUCAUGUACAUAAAACCCUAAAUAUAGAGGCCAGUAAUCCCCCUG